AUGGCCACUGGAAUUCUUUGCGUGAAGGACAACACUGUCGUCGACGGCAAUGGUCAGCAAGUGGUUCUGCGCGGAGCAGCGAUUGGAGGAUGGAUGAACAUGGAGAACUUCAUCACCGGAUUCCCUGGUCAGGAAUCACAGCACCGAGCGGCCAUGCGCCGAGUCCUUGGCACCCAGAAAUACGAGUUUUUCUUCGACAAGUGGCUGGAGAACUUCUUCACUGAUGCGGACGCAAAGUUCUUUUCAAGUCUGGGUCUCAAUUGUCUCCGGAUUCCGUUUAAUUAUCGCCACUUUGAAGAUGAUAUGGCGCCGCGGGUCCUCAAGCCCGCUGGUUUCAAGCAUCUUGAUCGGGUGAUUGAUUUGUGCGCUGCACGCGGUAUUUACACCAUCUUGGAUAUGCAUGCCGUCCCCGGUGGUCAGAAUCCAGAUUGGCAUUCGGACAAUCCCACGAGCUAUGCAGCGUUCUGGGACUACAAGGAUCAUCAGGAUCGGACGGUGUGGCUCUGGCAGCAGAUUGCGGCUCGGUAUAAGGAUAAUCCUUGGGUCGCUGGGUAUAACCCUCUCAACGAGCCAUGUGAUCCUGAGCAUGUGCGACUUCCCGCGUUCUAUGAGCGAAUUGAAAAGGAAAUUCGUUCAGUUGAUCCUCAUCAUAUACUCUGGUUGGAUGGGAAUACCUUUGCCAUUGAGUGGAAGGGGUUCGAUAAGGUGCUGCCGAAUUGUGUUUACGCCAUGCAUGAUUACUCGACAAUGGGCUUCCCCACUGGUGAUUCCUACAAGGGUACUCCAGAACAAAAGGAAUCUCUCGAACGACAGUACCUCCGCAAAGCGGAAUUCAUGGUCCAAAAUGACACUGCCAUCUGGAAUGGCGAAUUCGGUCCCGUCUACGCAGACCCAGCUCUUGAUGCUGACGCAGAAACCAUUAAUCAAGACCGAUACAACCUGCUCGGUGAGCAGCUACGGAUCUACGAUAAGUACAACAUUAGCUGGUCAAUCUGGCUCUACAAGGAUAUCGGCCUGCAGGGCAUGCUCUAUACCAACCCACAGAGUAAAUGGAACAAAACCAUUCAGCCACUCCUUGAAAAGAAGCGCAUGUUCUGGCUGGACAAAUGGGGGCGGCGACCUGCUUCGGAACCAGAAGCUGCACUGCGACCUUUGCUGGACUGGAUUGAUCGUGUUAGCCCGACGGCCAAGUUGACGUACCCAACCUCCUGGAAUACGGAGUUGCAUGUGAUGCGCAGGAUCCAUGAGAAGGAGCUUGAGGAGCUUGCGAGGAGCUUCCAUUUUGAUGAAUGUGUGCAGCGUGAAGGGUUGAAUCAGAUUCUGAAGGAUCAUGCCCGAGCAUCAAAGUGA